AUGCUUUCUUUAAAGGAUUUCCAAUAUGUCUUUAUUAUUUUUCUUCUUCUUUUCAACCUCAUCAUCUUUUCUUAUUUCUUUCUGAGAUCUCUUACCUUUUCCUUUUUCUUUCAUUUUUUUUUCUUUUCCUCUUUUCUUUCUCUUACCUUCCUUUUCUCUAUUCUUAGUGUUUUCAUUGCAUUUCUGUUUUCUUUUCUUUCAUUUCUUUUAUUGAUAUCAAUUUUCUCUUUCACAAUUCUAAGGAUAUUUCUUCUUUUUUUUCUUGUGUCAUUCCUGAUUUCUUUCGUUUUUUUUUUCAUUUUUUAUUUCUUCAUUCACUUUCUUUCUUACUUCUUCAUUUUCAAUCUUUCUAUUUUCUUAUUCAUUUUGUAUUUAUCUUUUUUCCUUUCUCUUUCUUUUUUCUUUUCUCCCGUUUUUCAUUUUUGCUUUCCAUCUUCCUCUUUUGUCUUUCCUUUAUUUACUCUUUUGUUCCCAUCCUAUUAUCACAUCCACUUGUCAUUUCUCAUGUUCUUUUUAACUUCUCACACUUCUCACUGUUUUCCUUUUUUAUUUUUCUUACAUUUAUAUUUGUUUUUCAUCUUCUUUUUUAUAUUUUCUUUCUUCACACAUUUUCUUAUUCUUAUUUGUUUUCUCUAUAAUUCUAUCUUCCUUUUUUUCUUUUUCUUUUCACUCAACAUUACCUUAUUUCUUUCUUUUUUUCAUUUCUCAUAUUUUUACGUUCUCAUUCUUCUUAAUUUGAUUUAUUUUUUUACCCUUUUAACCAUUUCAUUUUUUUCUUCUGAUCUGUUUUUCUUUCUUGCUUUCUUUCUUUCCACUUCCUAUUUCUUUCUUUUUUUUCAAUAUCACCUUAUUGAUUUUUUCUUUCCCUUUUUUUCUCCAUUGCCUUUGAAUUUUCCAAUUCUCACUUUCUAUUUAUCCUACGCUUAA